UAACGAUACAGAGUAGUAAUAAUGUUUUAAUGUAGUUAACUAUUUACGUAAUUAAUCGCAAUUAAAAAGGAUUUCAGUAUGUCAACGAAACUUUCAAUGAUUCAAGUAGUAACUAGUUACAGGAAUGCGUGUCAGGUGUUCACAAUUAAUAUUAAAUUUGCUAUGAUGAGUUAGUAAAACAAGCCGCGUACUAAUUCCUGUUAGUUAUGCGAUACCGUGGUGCGUUAAACGCAAGUACAUUAGGCGUCGUUUCUGAGAAAAAAAACGUUCCUUGCAUUUGACUUUAAACGAGUAUCAAAUCCAAAACACGUAAAACCUCCUAGAUAUUUUAAGUGACGCAUCCGGAUAGCAAACCUACUCAACACACACCCACAGAAAAACCCCAAACCCGAAAAUAUUCCGAAUCCAGCAAUCGACAGGUUGGAGGGCUGGGAGUUUUCUUGUUGCCCGGCUGAAUACACGACUUUUGAAUUUAGAAAUAAAGCUUUUGAGAAUUUCAGGUGAAAGAUAUUUGAUGAAGGAUUUGAAAUUUGAUAGCUUUUUGUAAAUUUAUAUUAAAGUUUUGAAUUUUACUGUGAGGGGUUGUUACCAUCAUGAGAUUUCAGCCUGUUACCUGUUAACACAAGCCCAAUUAUCUUCUGUGACACACCUUGUUCUGCAUUCCUCUCAACUUGCACAUUAGCUGUAUUUGACUUGGAUUGCUUCAAGUUUCUUUUCAACACAUUAUUCAUUAAAACGUGAAAUUACUGUUUUAGAAUAUAUUAAUUUUAUCCUUGGUAAACAAAGUUGCGUUGAUUGUUAAAUUGGCGUAUUUUGGCGGCUGAGUAGCAGAUUUUUCUCCUAGUUGUAAGUACUGUAGUUGUAUACCUACUGUGAACAUCUAUCCCGUAGGCUCCUUUGCAGGAUUUUACGCUUAAUAGAUUGUAUUGUGAAGUUACAUAUAGACUGAUAAAACAGUUACAUUCACAUGACAGACCAUAUCUCACGGACAACCUUACAGCAGAUCACCCAAGUCAAUGAAAUAAGCUGACCCAGAUUUAUAACGAGUAUGUUUUAAAAUUACCAAAUUGUGCCCUCUAUUGGUCAAUGUGGGAUAUAUUUUCUUGAAUUGUUAUAAAUGCUGUUUUGAAUACAUUCAAAUCCCACUUUAUUAAGUACACCUAAUUGUUUGCAAAUAGCAAAUCAUGUGGUUGUAACUGAGUAUAUACAGCACACAGACAGGGCUGUAAAGUCCAUUUAGUGUUCGACUAAACAUUACAAUGUCUAAGGCACACAAUAUAAGUGAUUUUGAAUAUGGUUGUCACAUUUGGCCAAAAACGGGUGAAGAAAUACUGGGAAGUAGAUCUCAGUACAGGUUUAUUAAGCAAUACACAAGGUAGACUAAGACAGUUAAGUUGACAAAGAAGCCACGGCCACCAGCGAUGACAGCACUAACCACAACGUAGUUGCUCAACUUGUGAGCCAGGACCUAAACCCUUACAUAUAAAGGGGAAAACACAGGCACAACAUAUGAGGGCUGUCAGGAUAGGAUGGUUGGUAACUGAUACACAAUAGUGUAACAUAAUAGGUAGCCUGAUAGUGGUAUAAUCACAUAUGUUCCUGCAUAUUAAAAUGCAUGUUGAAACUUUUAACUUGAUUUGAAAUUUAACUUGAUAUGGGUGCAGAUGAAACCUCAGCCGAAGUUGUGGAGAAGCGUGUUGGUAAUGAGGUGAGUAGUCAGCAUCCUUCUCAGCCACUGUCAGCCGCCCCAGAGCAGCGGUGGGUGAGUCAGCAUUCAGGGUGCAGGCUCUGUGCAGGGGAGCGCCGAGGACAGCGGCCCCCCAGAGGUCACGGGCCGGAACUGCAAGGGUGGGCCCAGGAGGGCUGCAUUUGUAUUUCUGUGGAGCAGAGAUGACAGCCUUGUGACGGAGUUUUCCGGAAGGCCCACGUCUUGAGUGUGUGGGAUCAUUUGGCAGGAGCUUGGACAAGCCAGAAACGUCUCCUCCUCUGCGCACUUCCACUGCACUCGGGUGCAGAUCCAAACACCCCUCCGACCGCGUGCCGCUCCGUCGCCCCCAGGUCGCCGCUGGGGGGGAGCGAGUCUCACCGUCGCCAUGAAGCGUUCCAGAGCCAUCCGCGUCUUCCGCAAGCCCAGCUUCUCCAAGAAGAAGGACAAGGAACUGAAGGUGAAGGUCAGGGAGGACAAGGAAUCUCAGGAGCCGCCGGCCACCGACGUGGUCAAGCAGUGGAAGGAGAAGAAGAAGCAGAAGAAGAAGCCCGGUGCCCAGCCGGAGGUGGCAUUCAUGGCGAUGCCCACACCGGGGCCCGUCUUCGGAGUGCUGCUGGCCGAGGCGGUCAAACGGACGGCGCUCUGCGAUGGCAUCCAGCUGCCGGCCAUCUUCAGAGAAUGUGUGGACCAUAUCGAGAACCACGGCAUGUGUGAAGGCAUCUACCGCGUCUCAGGGGUGAAGUCAAAGAUCGAGGAGCUGAAGGCUGCAUACGACCGGGGAGCACCCCCCCGCCUGGGGGAGCAGGACCCCCACACGGUGGCCAGCCUUCUGAAGCAGUAUCUGCGGGAGCUUCCAGAGCAUCUCCUGGGACAGGACCUGGCCCCGUGCUUCGAGGAGGCGUGUGACCACAGCACCCAGGCCGAGACGGUGCACGAGUUCCGGAGGCUUCUGGCACUGGUGGCGCCCCCUAGCUGCCUGCUGCUGGCCUGGCUCUUCACCCACAUGGAGCAUAUCAUCAGCAGGGAGGCAGACACCAAAAUGAACAUCCAGAACAUCUCCAUCGUCCUCAACCCUACGGUGAAGAUCGGGAACCGCGUCCUCUACGUCUUCCUCACCCACGUGCCGGAGCUCUUCGGUUCCGUGUCCCUGAAGCCUGCCGUUCGCCCCUUGAGGUGGCCCAACGUGGCGUCCGUGCCCAGCCUACCCGACACUGCGGACAGCAUCGAGGAGGAGAUCCGAAGACAGGAGUUCCUGCUGAACAGCCUGCACCAAGACCUUCAGGUCGGGGAAAAGGACCCAUCCAAAGAGGAGCGGCUGUGGGAGGUGCAGCGCAUCCUGACGGCGCUGAAGCGUAAGCUGCGCGAGGCCGAGAAGCAGGAGCGUGAGGGCGAGGAUGUCAAGGAGCUCAGCUGUCAGCCCUCAGAAGACUUGUCCAAGGAGGAAACAUCGGAGAACGAGGUGAUCAACACCCUGUUGGCCCAGGAGAACGAGAUCCUGACAGAGCAGGAGGAGCUGCUGGCACUGGAGCAGGGCCUCCGCAGGCAGAUCGCCACGGAGAAGGAGGAGAUCGAACGACUGCGGGCUGAGAUAGCGGACCUGCAGAGCCGACAGCCUGGGCGCUGCGAGACGGAGGAAUGCUCCUCCGACAGCGACAGUGAAAGCGAGGAUGAGGAGGAGCUGAGGGACAUUCUGGAGGACUUGCAGAAGCAGAAUGAGGAACUGGAGCUGAAGAACACCCACCUGACGCAGGCCAUCCAUGAGGAGCAGGAGGCCAUCAUCGAGCUACGUGUCCAGCUGCGCCUCCUGCGCAGUGAGCAGCAGCGGCAACCAGGACCCCCACCCCCGGCCCCGACCCUCCCCCACCGGCCAGAAACAGACAGACCACCGCGGAGCCCAGCAACUAAAGCCACCAGAAUCUACGGGCCACGUUCCCCAUCGCUAUAAACAACCACUGUCGUCAUGGCUACCACACUACAGGGGUGGGGCCUGCACACCAAGGAUGUCCUUAACCUAUUAUUGUCAUGUCAAGGCAUAGAAACAGCUGGUAAUAUAGCUCCUAAGCCAGAGAUGAGUCUUUGGUAUCUGACGGUUCAUUAAAUAUAAUUUCACAACAA